GAAAUCUCGGCACGCGUUUCGGUGAAGGCCGCUCGUCCUGAGGUCCUCGUUUGCCUCUGGUCUCAUCCGUCAACACGGUGGCUCAAAGCAAAGCAGGGCGUCGGGCCUCUCGCAUGGCUGGGCCCUUCGCCGUGCGAGUCCUGGAGUGGGCGGGCGGCGUGGCGGGCGCCUACCUGUCGCGGUGCCCCGCCUGCCCCGCGGUGCCCGACUGCCACUGCGCGGCGUGCCCGGCCUGCCCGGCACUGGCUUCGUGCUCGUGCCCGCCGUGCCCGGCGUGCCCGGGCUGCCCGGGCGGGACCGCCGCGCCGGCGGCGCCGGCCUGGCCCCCGCCGGAGAGCCAGAGCUGCCCCGCGCCGACGGAGGUCGAGCGCGGCGGCGCCCCGGCCUGGGGCGGGCUGGGGCCAGGGUGGUGGCUGGUGAUCGGCGUGCUGGUGGGGGCGAGGGACUGGGCCUUCGUCCUGUACGCCGACGACGAGCACUUGUGGCACCAGAGGCUGAUCCUGGGGCUCGUGGGGUUGUCGGAUUCUAGCUACGUCAUCCUGACCCCGGACGGGGACGUCUACUCGGAGGACUACGGGGACGACAGCGUGGAUGUGGCCGCCGUCCGCUUCUCCGGGGCGUGGGCCGCGGUGCCCGCUGGAGUGCCUCCUGAGCGGGUGUACCGCUUCAGGCAGCAGCCGACAGCUCAGGAGCGGGCGCGGGCGCUGGCGGACGCCCAGGCCGAGGCCCAGGCCGAGUGCCAGCGGAUCGCCGCCGCUCGGGGCGAUCCAGGGCUGCUGGCGAACCUCGUCUUCCUGCGGCCGCUGCCGGUGGCGGGCGGGGCCGCGGCUGCGCCGCGGGCUCCCCGCAUCGGGCCUCUGCAGGGGGCUGCGCCAGGCGCUGCCGCGGGGGCUCCUGUCGCCGAGUGGCGUGCGGCGAUGGCGGCCGGGCCCUUCAGGUACGGCGACGUCGUGACUGACCACGCGCGGAGCGGGCUGGCCGUCGGCAAGCGUGACAUCCACAUACUCCCGGAUGGCGUCGGGAUCUUCGUCGAGCACGUCGACCCGGCCGACGAGGCCGAGUUCUUCGACCGGGCGGUCGCGACGGAUGCGCGGAUCACACCGAUCCGCCGCAACCGUCAGGACAGGCGAGAGCGGACCUGGGCGGAGAUGACGGCCGUGCUGAAGCAGGAGAGCUUUGGGGCGGACUGGCAGCUGCCGGGGCCGCGGUCCAGCUUGUGGUGCAUAGAGUUCAUCAACCAGGAGGGGAGUGGGCUGCUGGGCCACCACGAACGGUUCAAGACGGCCUGCCGUCUCGACUGGAACUCGUGGGGGGUCUUCGAGCACUUCAACAUAUGCCAGGCCCUGACCCAGGGGCUGCUGGUCGACCAGCUGGACGGCAGCAACCUGAUCAUGGUGGAGUACCAGUUCCGGCGGCUCCAGACGAUAGAGUUCGGCCACUCCGAGCGGGCGAGGGAGGCGGAGUCGAAGAGCUACCAGGGGAAGAUGUCGCUGGAGGAGCAGCACGCGUUCGCAGGGACCACGAGGGCGUCGUCGACGCUCAUGAUCUGCCCGGAGCUGCUGGACUACGUCCGCACCGAGGUGGAGCGGGAGGCGAAGCUGGCCAAGAACCUGAGAGUUGCACGAGAAGAGCGGGAGGCAGGUGCUGUUAGCCGGUCGGUGCGGCAGCGGGUUGGCGCGCGUGCUGCUGUGGAGCUGGACUGCGACCGAGCGGUGCGCAGCCUCAACGGGAUGUUCUCGCAUGCGCCUCAGCCGGCUCUUGGCCAGGGCGCGCCAGCCUGUGCUUUCGUCUCGCGCGCCCAGCGCGAGGCCAUCGACUUCGUCGAGGAGUCGGCGCGGGCCCUGGGAGCGCCGCCCCCGGGGCUUACCCCCGCAGAGGCUCUUCGGAAGCUUCGCGUGGCGAGCUGGUACGACGUGGACUCUGCCAAGCUCGGAUCCUACCGCCCCGACGCGAUCUCACUGCCCUCUGGUACGGUUCGGCCGAUUCCGCUGGAGACUCUGUGGGGGAGCGGCGGGAGUGACACCGUGAAGGAUUUUAUAUCACAGAAUUUGCUGUGCUCCGAGAGGGCGAAGCAGCGACUGCAGGGCGUGGGGCUGGAGCGGGCGUACUCUGACCCGGCCUUGCGGCGCCGGGGUGCUUAUGAGGAAUUCAUUCGUAUGUUGCAGGAGCGUGGCCUCGUCGACUUCGCCGAGUCUGGCAUCGAGUUCGUCGAGGCUUUCUUCGUGGAGAAGAAGGACAAGAGGCUGCGCAUGGUGAUAGACUGCCGGAGGGCCAACGCUUGGUUCGCCGAGCCAGCCGGGGUGAGCCUGUGCACGGGCGAUGCCCUUUCGAAGUUGGAGCUCGGCCUCAACGACGAGCUGCACAUCCAGGGCGCCGACCUCAGCGACGCGUUCUACCACAUGGGGCUGCCUGAGGAGCUGAGGGGGUGCUUCUCCUUCCGGCCCGUGCGCGCCUCGGCGGUGGGCCUCAAGCUCCUCGGCGGGAAGCCACUCGGGCGGGGCGCCUUUGUCACGCCGCGGCUGGCCGUGCUGCCGAUGGGGUGGAGCUGGGCGCUGUGGUGGUGCCAGCGCGUGCACGAGCGCACCAGCGUCGAGGCCGGCGCCUGUCCCGAGCUGCGGAUCGCUGACCGCCGGCCGCCGCCGCCGAUGACGCCGGGCGCCCACCUGGAGUACGUCGACAACUUCAUUGCGAUCGGCACCGACUCCGAGUGGGUGGCGGCGCUCGUGCGGCGCGUGUCUGACGCGCUGCGUGCCCGCGGGCUCGAGGUGAAGGCCGAGGACCAUGCUGGUGAGCUGCCUGGAGAGUCGGAGGCGCUGGGGUGGUGCAUUGACCGAGGACGGUGCCUCGUGCGGCCCACGCGGGCCCGGCUGUGGCGCGCGCGCCUGGCCGUUCGCGGUGUCCUCGGCCGUGGCCGUCUCCGGGGACGCGACCUCGAGAAGCUCCUCGGGCAUCUGGUGUUCAUAUCUCUUAUCAAGCGCGAGGGCAUGUCCUUGUUCUGGAGCUGCUACGCCUUUGUCCGCAAGUGCUACGACAAGGAGACCGGACUGUGGCCGGCUGUGCGGCGUGAGCUGGAGUACUGGGACGGCAUCGCCCCCCUCUUGUGGCGCAGCCUCCGUUCGCCUUGGACUGACGAGCUCAUCGUGGUCGACGCGAGCGAGUGGGGCAUCGGAGCAUGCGCUGCCCCUGCCCCCGUUUCGCUGGUGCAGAGGCUGGGCCACGUCUCCGAGCGCUGGAGGUGGCACCAUGGGCUGGCCGGCUCCGCGCCCCGCCGGCACGCGGGGGCCGCGGCGGCCGCCGCCGCGCUGGCCGGCGACCCCGCCGACGCCGCGCCGUGGAUGCUGGGAGCGGAGGCGGUCGCGGCCGCGGGCUUUCCCCCGCGGCAUGCCGGCGGCGACGGGCUGGGGGGGGAGGAUUCCGCCCUCCAUAGUCACAACCCCCAGACCCAGGCCGCCGGCGCAGCCGAGGGGGCCGCCGAGAGCGGGUUCGACGAGGUGCCGCGGGACGUGAUCGAGCUGCCCUGGCGCACCGUGGGGCGCCACCGCUGGCGCUGGCCGGAGGAGAGCAUGCCGGUCGCCGAGGCGAGGGCCGUGCUGCACGGGCUCCAGCAUCUUGUGAGGGCCUCGCGGCACCGCGGUCGGCGCGUCGUGGUGCUGGGCGACUCCUUGAGCGCGGCCGGGGCCGUGGAUCGUUUCAGGAGCAGUUCUUGUAAAAUGCUCCGAGUCACUCAGGCCAUCGCCGCCGUCACCCUUGUCACCGCCACUACCCUCCACUACCGCUGGCUGCCCUCGGAGUGGAAUGCAGCCGACAACCCCUCGAGGGGGCGUUUCUCCCCCUCGACCCCCCAGCCGCUGCUGCCUCGGACCAAGGCGGGUGCGGCAGCGCCAGGCGCCGCUGGGCUACCCGGGAAGCCUGCCGAUGUUGGCGCGGGAGCGGCCGCCCGCGGCGCCGCCGCGCACCCCGACGGCCUCGGCGACGCUGACCCGGUCUACGUUCAGGCCUCCGAGGACGUCGAGCUGCCGGGCCUGAGUGUGCUGGAGACGGGGUCGAUCACGGCGGCGACGCGGGCGCAGUACGUGGAGGCCUUCGACGGCUUCCAGGCUUGGAUGGCACGGCGGGGCGUGCAGCCCACGACGCUGGACGACUACGACGAGCAGCUGGUCCUCCGCCUGGACGAGCUCUACCUGGACGGCGAGGGGAUCGGGGCCGGGCAGAAGCUCUUCGCGUCGGUGCUCUUCUUCCUGGGGCUGACGAAGGCGGCGGGCUCGCCGAUGGCACGAGCGCGGCGGGCGUUGCGCGGGUUCCGUCGGCUGGCGCCGCCUACCUCGCGGCUCCCACUCCCCUUCGAGCUGCUAGGCGCGCUGGUGAACUACCUCGUGAGCGUCUCGAAGCUCGAGGCGGCGCUCGUGCUGUGGCUGAGCUUCGAGCUGUACCUGCGCCCAAGCGAGCCGUACCACAUCCGGGCCACCGACUUGGUUCGCCCGGCUCGCGGCCGCCUGGGGCACGACAGCUGGAGCGUGACUCUGCACGCCGCCGAGACGGAGGUGCUCUCGAAUACCGCCGAGUACGACGAGGCGCUGAAGCUGGACCUGCCGCGGCAGGAGCUGCUGGGCCCGGCGCUGGAGGCCUCCGUGGCCGCGCGGCUCGGCCCCGACUGGCGGGGGCCUCGCCCCGCGGCAGCGCGCGGCGCCGCCGCGGGCGGCCGCGCGAGCGGCGCGGCCCCAGAGCCUCUGCUGUUCGUGAUCACGCAGCGCGAGGUCUCGAGCGCCCUCUCGGGCGCUGCCAGGGCCCUCGGGAUCGAGAAGUUCCUGCCCGGCCUGCACCCCUACAUGCUCAGGCACGGGGGCGCGUCUCACGACUACGGCAGCAAGGCCAGGUCCCUCGUCGACGUCCAGCGCAGAGGGCGGUGGCAGUCGUGGCAUUCGGUCCGCCGAUACGAGAAAGGCGCUCGCCUGUCGCAGGUGCUGCAGAUGGUGCCCGCUGCGAUGCAGGUGUUCAGCGGGUCCGGGCGCCUGGGACGGGCGAUCGCCGCUGAAGGGCUGCCCGUCCUGCUCUGGGACAUCUGCCUGGGCCCCGAGUAUGACCUGCUGAGCCCGCAGAAGCGUGGGCUGAUUCGGUCCUGGGUUCGCAGCGGCCUCGUGAUUGGCAUCCACCUCGGGACGCCCUGCAACACGUGGAGCCGCGCGCGGGACAUCCCGCCCGGGCCGAUGCCGCUGCGGAGUGACUCCUUUCCUCUUGGCCUUCCCAACUUGAGCGUCAAAGAUCAGGCCAAAGUUGAUGCGGGCAACGUUUUCAUGAUUUUCAGCGCUGGCCUCAUGCACGAGGCCAUCAGGGCCAACAUCCCAGCUAGCAAUGAGAAUCCUCAGACGAGCCGACUCUGGCUCGCCCCUCCUUUCGUCCGCCUGCUGCGCUCGUCGGCCGUCAGCUUCACUGUCACGCAUUUCUGUCAGUGGGGAGCGCCGUGGCGAAAGGCCACGGCCUUCGCCACAGUCAACCUCGAUAUGAGUCGCGUCGGUCGUGCGCUGUGCAAGUCUUCCAAGAGAGGAGUUUGCUCCCGCACUGGCCUGCCGCACGCCCAGCUGCAUGGAAAAAACGUGGAGCGCGUCUUUAAAACCAAGCUGGCCGAGGCUUACCCUCAGCGGUUGUGCAACGCCCUCGCCCAAGCCUAUAGUAAUGCCAUAAUAUCUCACAGGUUCCAGAAUGAAUUUCAAGAACGGUUGGCGAAUUACUGUUCGGAAAGCUCCCAGAAGGACGUUGUGACCGGCAACGCGAUAUCAAUGCAGAGGUUCUGCAGCGCUGUCUUUGGAUUGUCUCCGUGA